AUGGGAAAGAAAUCAACCAAGACUACUCGGGCCUCUGCGCUUCCGAAAGCCCCAAUCAUCUACCUCAAUGACCCGGUCAAGGACAUGCCUCAUGCACGCUAUGUCCGGGACAUGAUUCCUGGAGGCAUCCUUGCUUUCGGUCCUCGCGAAGACAAGCAAGCCCAAACCAGUCCUCCCAUCUCCCUGGAGAUGAUUCAGCACCACAUCCAGCGAGGUCGCUUCAACGACCGCAUCCUCGUUGUCGGCGACAAUCAGCCUGAGACGCGCUCUAAAGUCAAGAUCGAGACCGCCAAGGAGUUCCAGGAACACGCCAUCAAACAUGGCUGCAACUUCGCCAGCGUCAAUCUAUACACUGAACAGGGCACACCAGCCGGAGACAAGAAGAAAUGGGGCACCAACCAUCUCGACUUGUGCAUCAAGAAUCUAUCUGUCAAAGACGUUGCUGAGAAGGUGUAUCAAUGGCUCUUCACCGCCUUCACUGUCCACGAGACCCUACACCUCAUCCCUGAAUCGGAAAUGCUCAUAACUGACAGCGACGCUUUCCCCGAGUACCAGUACUGCCCGAUCAACGAGAGCAAGCAACAUCCCAAGAAUGCGAAAAUCCAAUUCGUCGCGCUGGUGACUUCUCGUCCUGUCGUCGUUGGCCAGCGACUGCAGUGGACUGUUGCUGACCGAACUGGCACGGCAAACUUCUAUUUCCAGUACCGCGGGGCCUCAAGCCAGUACACAUGGGACUGGGUUCAGAACCUGAAAGUUGGUGAGCGCAGAGCCCUCCCACGCAUGCCGAUGGUGGAGAUCAAAGAGCGCAAGGUCGUGCGCGUGGCCAAGGCGCCAAUCCGAACCGUCGGAUUUGCCAUUGCCAACGUUGGACUUGCGAUCCGCGGUGUAGGCCACAGUGUCAAGAAGAUGGGUGAGAUGGGACGGCUGGGAAAGAGUGCAGAGUGGGUGCCUGAAGCGGAUGUCCUGGACGGGAAGAAGGUCGGAUGGGAGCAGAAGGAGAAAGUGCGAGCGGAGAAAGUGAAGAUGGAGAGAGCAAAGAAACAGGUCCAGCACAAGGUGUUCAAUGAGAAGGGCGGGAAGGUCUGGAGGGAUGAUGACAGCGUGGCGAGCACGGCCAAGGGAGACGAGGUUGUGAUGGAGAAAGAGUUCUGUUGA